AUGCCGUUUGCAAACCCCGAGAAGGCGGUUGACGGAACCACGUCCUCCACCGAGUCGCUGGGCUCAACGACUCUCUGCCUCAGCUCGUGCCCGUCCGACCAUCAGCUUGGCGAGAAGCAACCCCAGCCGACUGCGGCACGAGCGUCCCAGAGCAUACUGAAACACGGCGUCCCGAGCGCCGACCCGGAGGCAACGGCUACAGAAGCCGGCAACGACGCCGACUACCCCGACGGCGGCCUUCGCGCAUGGCUCGUCGUGUUCGGCGGCUGGUGCGCCUCCUUUUGCACCUUUGGGCUGCUCAACUGCUCCGGCGUGUUUGUCGAAUACUACGCCUCUGGUCCUCUGGCGCACCACGACGCCUCCGCCAUCGGCUGGAUCACGGCCGUCCAGGCAUUCCUCAUGAUAUCUGCCAGCACGGUUUUCGGGCGAGUCUUUGACAACUACGGGCCGAAGUGGCUCCUGGGGCCCGGCGCGGCCUUCCUCCUCUUCGGGCUGGUGAUGAUGUCCUGCUGCAAAGAGUACCACCAGUUCUUCCUUGCGCAGUCCGUCGCCGCGGGGCUCGGCUCCAGCGCCGUCUUCAGCGCGUCCAUGCCGUGCGUGGCGUCGUGGUUUUUGAGACGCCGCUCCGCCGCGUACGGCAUCAUGGCCGCCGGGGGCUCCGUGGGCGGCGUCGUGCUGCCCAUCACGAUAGACCGCCUCAUCCGGGGCUUCGGCUUCCCCUGGAUGAUGCGCACGCUGGCGUGUAUAUUCCUUCCCCUGUUGACCGUCGCCUGCUGCACCGUCAGGCCGAGGCUGCCGCCGCGCCUGCGCCCGUUCAAGCUCACGGAUUGCUUCGGCGCCCUGGGGGAUAUCCGCCUGGCCGCCACGACGGCCGCCUUCUUCUUCUUCAUGGUUGGCAUGUGGCUGCCAUUUAAUUUUGCUCUGUUGCAGGCCCGGGCCGCCGGGGUCCCAGCGGCUCUGAUUCCGUAUCUGCUGCCGAUUCUCAAUGCUGCAAGCAUCUUUGGCCGCAUCAUUCCGGGGAUUGCAGCCGAUAAACUGGGCCGCUUCAACGUCAUGAUCUUUAUCGGCUUCCUCUCUGCUCUCUCCUGCCUGGCCGUCUGGAUACCCGUUAGAAACGCGGCCGGCAUCGUCGUCUUCUUGGCUGUAUUCGGCUUCUCCUCAGGCGGAUUCAUCUCCCUGUCUGCCACCCUCAUUGCUCAGAUCUCCGACAUUAGCCAAAUCGGCACAAAUGUCGGCACGGCCUUCGCAGUCAUGUCCCUUGGCGCCCUGGUGGGAAGUCCUGUCGGCGGCGCCCUCGUUGCCACAGACGACGGCAACUACCUGGGCCUGCAGCUCUUUUGUGGCCUUUCUCUUUUGGCCUCGACGUGUACCUUUGUCGUGGUAAGGUUUCUACUGGUUGGCUCCAAAUUAUCCGCCGUGUAA